AUGAAGCUCUUCUAUCAAAGGAAACACACACUACCAUCUCUGGCACCUGAAAUAGUCCAAUCCAUCGGUCAAGAGCUCGGAUUGUCCGAUAUCAAGAAUCUUCGCCUAACGUGUAAAGUCAUGGCUGACCUCCUGCUGUAUCGAAUGUUUCGGACACUGGACUUACAGAUAUCAAGAUUGAACAUGGAAGACGGGGUUCAAAAAAUCGAGGCGCUAUCAAAGGGGUGUGGUGCUACUUCAGCAGUGCGGGAACUUUCUAUCGGGUCACUUUCACCGUUAAAUGAUCCAACAUUCCUCCACUACUCCGUAUAUGACGUUCAAACCAAUCAAUGGGUUCCCGUUCCCUUCCCUAAACCUCCUCCUGAGGUGGUCAAAGCUGAAGAGAGGCUGAAUCAAUAUCUUUUCGAUGCUAUUACUUCCAUGAGGGGGUUAUACCGAGUUAAAUGGGCGCCUGGUAAAUAUGAUGGCGACCCUGUCUAUAGACAUAUUUUGGACGCUUUGAAAUCUCUGCCCAACUUACGCUCCCUUGAGAUUCAUUUUUGCAAAUUCCAAAUCCCGCUGGAACUAGAUAUGUUUAGAGGUCUUGACGAGCUAGUUGUGUCAACAGUUAAAUCCUCGCCACUUCUACAAGACGAAAUUCUUGAAAACCUUGCCAAAGCCAUUGCUCAAAAUCCGGAUCUAAAAUCACUGACAGUUACCGGUAUCUCACACUUUGGACGACCCGAGGCCAAUAGAUACCAGAGCCUUCACCAACUAUUCAAAUAUUGCUCGACGACGGCACCUCUUCGCCUCCGAAGCUUGAAAUUGAAGUAUUUUCUUAUACGUCUAGACGACAUUAACAUAAGACACCUACAAUGCUUGACAACUUUAAGCAUCACACACGUUGACGAUCCGAACUAUAUGUCCCCCCGUCUUGUCCAGCGCGGUUACUUUUUUGAUGAAAAACGUCAGCCACUCAUUCAGGAACGGAAGCUUUACGGAUCGAGUACUGAAGAAAUUUGGCAGAAACUCAUUUCGACUGGGAUCCAUCUGGAAAAGAUUGCCGUUGGCGGAGUGCCGAAAUCGCUUCUUGAUUACCUCUCAUCGUAUUCAGGGCUGAAGGAACUGAGUCUAAUUCCAGGAGGGUUUGACGAAGGCGCCACAUCCGAUGCCAUGGCUAUUAGGUUCUUUAAUUCGACCCUCAAGAGCCAUGCCAACUCACUGGAAUUGCUUCGUGUCCUACCACACUACGAGGGCGAAUGGUGCUUCAGCUCCCGCAACAGUAAACAAAUUUCGACUCUAACAAAGCUAAGACACCUGGCCGUUUCCAUCAAACUAUCCGAUUUGAAGUUGGUGUCAAUUACAAGCAACAUUCAAGCACCCCUUCUUUCACAACAAGACGCAGUAGUAAGUUAUCUAAUUUUUUAUUGUCAAGUGCCCAAAAUAACGACUCUCAUGAUGGCACAGACACUUUUUCUUGAUACAACACUGACCCAUAUGCCCAAUAUUGACAGCAUCGAUAUCAGGGCCUCCGUGUUGGAAAGCCAUCGAGGUGUUAAAUGCGCCACUAUUCCCGGACAAUACUCCAGGGAAGUUUACAAGGAAAUUGUAAAAUGCAUAACGUGCUAUUCUGCGCCACUAUCUUGCCAACGCCUACCAACUCUAGAGACAGGCUUUACCAAAAUGAUGUUUGUGGGAAUGCGUACUAUGCUUACUUCCAGCAGUGACAACGAAAAUCAAGACGUCUCAAGCUUGCUGAAAUACGUCGAGGCUACACCAAACAUCACAACACGCCGCAGACGGCCUUUGCCUGAAGCAUAG